AUCCAUUAGAGCCAGUGUCCCAGAGUAAUGUACCAGGUAUUACGAUGAGAUAUACAGUAAAGAGAAACGGACAAGUUACCAGCUGAUGGACAUAAACAACAUGGCGGAGAGUCAGUCUGACGUUCUGGAAUAAAUUUCAAGUAGAGAAAGGAGGUUCACAAAUGGCGUCCACGUGUUUCCCUGGGUCUGGGGACAUAAUUCAUCUCAACGUUGGAGGGCAGAGAUUCAGCACAUCACGACACACUCUCACAUGGGUUCCUGACACCUUCUUCACAUCUUUAUUAUCCGGGAGAAUCUCAACUCUUAGAGAUGAAUCAGGAGCCAUAUUCAUUGAUCGCGACCCUUCCCUCUUCAGCACCAUCCUCAAUUAUCUCCGCACACGGGACCUUAACAUGUCAAUUGUUGACAUCAGUGCUCUAAGACAUGAAGCUGAGUUCUAUGGCAUAGCCCCCUUGGUGAAGAGGUUAAUGUUGUGCCAGGACUUACACCAUUCAUCAUGUGGUGAUGUCCUCUUCUGUGGAUACCUCUCACCACCUAGCAUUCCAGUUCAAGAUCCACCAACGUCCACGGCUUCAGAGUCUCGUGAGGGACAGAACAGACUACCCAACAAUGCCAGUAACAAUAACAGCAACAGCGGUGUGUCUGGGGGAGUCCUACGAUUGCCUGAGGCAGCAGGAGCAAGUGCAGGCGUCCCAGGACCUGGUGGAGGGGGGUCUGUAGCAGUCCCUAGGCCAGGCCACUCGCGUAAUUCUUCACUUGAUAUGCGUCACAACCCAUCUCAGCUAGUUGGACAGGGUCUACACAAUGCUGUAUAUCCCGGCCACAUGUCACGAAGCUCAAGUGAUCUCCGUAGCCAUGCAGCAAGAUCACACUCCAGAACUCCCUCCAUGGACCUCAGACACUCACGUAAUUCCUCUGCCGACCUUAAUAAAUUCUUCAAAAAUGAGAUAAACGUUCUGAACAACGCUGGACCCCCUGGGUCAAGCUGGGUGGAUCCACUACGGGUUCGGAUGGUUAAAGCUCAUCACAAUUGGAUUUUAGUUGCAUAUGCUCACUUUGUAACCUGUUACAGUGCUGUCAACCGGUGGAAUAAAGACAGCACUGGUUGGCAGCUGGCCUUCACUUCACCUUAUAUUGACCAGCUCAUCGAACGGGCAGCCCUGAAUGCUAAGCUCUCUCCACCAAGUCAGGGAGGAGAAGCUGGACAGAAGAUGCUUGCCAUAUCCUAUGCAUCUCAUAUUCGACUAUGGGGUAUCUCAGAGGAAGGCACUAGAAAUGAUAUUGGAACCUUUAAUCUUGGGGUGCCAGUUGAGUACCUCUUCUUUAUUGGAUCACAGUUGGUGGCACUCUCUUCUGUCGGGAAAAUUGGAGUCUGGCAUGCCAUGACACAACACUGGCAGAUUCAGGAAGUACUACCCAUUGCAUCCUUUGAUACAGCUGGUUCUUUCCUCCUGCUAGGGUGCACCAAUGGAUCUAUUUAUUAUAUUGACAUGCAGAAGUUCCCCCUGCGGAUGAAGGACAAUGACUUGUUAGUGACAGAGCUGUAUCAUGAUCCAUCAAAUGAUAUCAUCACUGCUAUCUCAGUCUACCUUACACCAAAAACAAAUGUAUGUGGAAAUUGGAUUGAGAUCGCAUAUGGCACCAGUUCUGGAACAGUAAGAGUUAUUGUUCAACACCCUGAGACAGUGGGACAUGGACCUCAGCUCUUCCAGACUUUCACAGUCCACAGAUAUCCUGUGACUAAGGUAACCCUCUCGGAGAAAUUAUUAAUCAGUGUGUGUAGUGAAUAUAAUCACGUACGCACCUGGUCCGUCACACGCUUCAGGGGAAUGAUCUCCACCCAGCCUGGUUCAACACCACUCUCCUCCUACAAAAUUCUCACUAUUGACGAGGUUGAUCCCAACAUUUACUAUGCAAUUGCUAAUGACUGUGGGCCCUAUGGAGAGCAAGACGAUGAACAAGUGUUUAUCCAGAAAGUCGUUCCGGAAACAGACCAGCUUUUUGUUCGUCUGGCUAGCAAUGGCAAGAGAGUUUGCGUCAUAAAAUCCGUGGAUUCCACUACAAUCAGUGGUUUCUGCGUACACGAGUGUGAGGGAAGCAGUCGCAUGGGGUCAAGACCAAGAAGAUACAUAUUUACGGGUCAUUCCAAUGGGGCUAUUCAAAUGUGGGAUCUCACUACUGCCCUUGAGCUAAGUAACAAAGGUGAUUCAGGAGUAAUUGUUAAUGGAGGUCCAGAGCCAACAGAGCUCCUACGCCUCUUAGACGUGUGUGAUCUUAGCAAUUCAUACUGCACGACCCCCUGUCUCUCCCCCUCCCCACUCACACCUGCUAAUGUACCACCACCUCAUCAGCGCCCAUUCCCAAAUGCCAGCCACCUCCAUCAUGGAUCAAUAUCUCAUUUACACCAGCCCAGCACUAGUUACUUAGCAAGCCCCUCUGCAGGUGGAGGGCCACAGGUUCAUCCUGGCCCUCUUUUGAAACCAGCAAAUGUGGCUUUUCUAUCCCACAACCAAGCUUCAGCGGCAGCAAGAAGCACUCCUCCAAAUACGUCCAAUGAUGAUGAGGAGGAAGGGACUGCUUGUUGAUGGUUUACAUCUGAUAUGGUUGUCAGAGUAGCCCAGAAAAUGGUUCAAUAAAGACUUGUAAAAAGGCAGGUGUUGGGACAUAAAAUUAUUGCCAUGGUAUUUUAGGAAUCAGACCAGUGACUGUACAGCACCUACAAAACUAAAAAAGAUGCAAAUAUUAAAUGAGUUUGUCACAUAAAUAACAUGGUAUAAUAAAUACAAUGUUCCCUCAGUACUGUUGUGAAUCUCAGUUAUCAUGAGCUACACAGAAUCAUGAACAUUUAAAAUAAUUAACCAAUUUUUAGGUUCAGCUCAUGGCAGUAUGUUAAGCAUACUCCAGUGUAGUAAACCUUGUUAUGGAUAAAUUAUAAUGUGUUUAACAUGCUGCAUCAUCAGUAUAACAUCAUUUGGUUUUCAUGCCAUAUGUUUAGUACUGUGUAUUGUAUAUUAAGAUAAAAAUUUGUAACUUAUCCAUUGUAUGCCAUAUGUCAGUAUUUCUCUAUGUUCUAAAGUAUUUAAUUCAAUGCAUUCUCAUCUUCCUGAAGUUGAAGUAUCCUGUAUUCAUUAUGUUGGAACUGCCACUGUAAUAUCUUCAGGAUACCAUUAUAGCAUACUGUACUUCAUUUGUUAUUUUCUUAACAGUAUCAUGUUUUCAUUGUGCUGCACAACAAACAGUAAACUGUGAUAUAUUUACCAUACUAUGAUAAAUUUGGCAAGCUAUUACAGAUAGUUCGUUGAAUUACCAGACACCUGCACGUCCAGAACAUCCUAAGACUGCAGAUUCCCCAGUAAUUAUAUUCUGAUAAAUUGUAUUUCUGGAAUAUAAUACAUAAUAAGAACAGAGCAAAUUUACAUAAACUCAUUGGUUCAACUGGACACACGUAUGUCUAGGAUGAACAAAAUGGUUAGAAUACCAAAUAAGGCAAAGAGUUGUACCUAAAUUCUUUAAACCAUAUAAUGUUUAGUAGUGUGUUUGUAUUAAGCAAAAACAAUGGCCACCUCAGUUGAAUACAAAUAGUGUAUGCUGGAAGGGAUAUUAUCUUGUAAACAUUUCCUAAGUUUAGUGGUGAGGUUGUACACACACACACACACACACACACACACACAUGUUUAACAAAUGCAAAUGGUCAGACUACUUAUUGCUGUAUAUAUUUAGUUAAAUAUCAUACUAUCUCUUCUGUUUAGUGUGCACUGAACUGAAAAAUGAGAUUUACAUUUCAUUAACAUUUUUGUUCAGUAUUAGUAUACAGUACAGUAUUUGAUUACUUAUUGUUACAUUUGUUAAUAAGUUUGCAUUAAACAAAACAGUUGUUUAAAUUAAUUUUUGUUUAACACAGAUGUAUUGAAGGAAAUAUGAACAUAGGCAUUAUACUGUGCCAUACAGUACUGUAUUUAGGAUCUGACCAGCUGUAUAGGAGGCAGUCAGUUUACCCAACUGUAUUAUGUACUAUACAGUAUUUUUAAUGUUAUGAAAAGUAAGGCUUUACUAUACUGUAUACUGUAAAUCUCCACAUAUACUUUAAAUAACUGUGUUGAGGGGGUGGCAGCCUCCCUCCCUCCAUUACAUCACUGUUCUCUACUUUACACACCUUCCCCACUCAUUGUGGCAACAAUAUUUCAUUAUUACAGUUUCACUGAAUAAGCUAAAUUACUUAUGGGGAUUAACUGAACAUUUUAAAAUGUUAUAUUGCUUAUAAUAUUAAGAAUACAGCUUGGGUGGGAUAUAAAUGAGUACACUCAGUCUCAAAAUCUAAGCACAUUUUUGACUAGCUAGCUGUUUUCAACACUAUGCAAGGUAACUGCUGGUGGACACUUAAAUCUUUGGUGAUCACCUGGUCAGUCUUGCUUGGCAACCAUGUGACUGCCCAAAGAAGAGUACUGUAUGUGCUUUGGUAUAUUAUAAUACUUGAUCUAUCUGGUUUCACUGCACAAUAAUUACUGCAAAGUCCACAUUUCAGUAUUAAAUGUUUUUUUUAUCACUUGAUACUCUUGAAGCGUGUCUUUAGAUAAAUAAAUAUUAAAUUUGCAAUAAUGCAAACAUUACACAUUGUGGAACAAGUUUCUACCCCAAAUAGAUUAAGUAUGCUAGGUUUUACUGUAUGUUAUAGUGGGGGAGAGAGCCAUAAUAUUUAUUUUACCCAAAUUUUCAAUGCUGCAGAUCUAUUGCAAUAUAUAGUACCUGUACAGAAAUUAGUCCAUUGAAGCAAUGUACUUUUGUACAGUACAGUAUCAGUACUGUAUAUGCAUAGUAUUUGAAACAUAUUCCUUUUAUCUAAACGUCAGAUUUCGUUUACCAAUCUCCUGAGAAACUGUUCAUCUCGACAUAAUGUGUUCAGUGUGUUGUAAUACAAAAUGUACUGAAUUACGUAGCUAAUGCUCUUUGUUGUGUUUGAUUAAUCUAGAUAUUUUUUGGUGCUAUAAGGGUUAGCUAUGUAACCAUUUUGAAAAGUAAUGAAUAGUGCUGUAUCACAAGUAAUAUUGAUAACUUAAUUUUAUUUUCUAACAUUGUUCAGAAGUGUGAGUCCAUUUUCUAAAUAAUUAUGUAUUUAUUUCAAGAGUGUAGAGUACAGUACUGUAGUCGUGUUGUUAUCAGUGUUGAGCUGUUUAUAAAUUAGUAAUAAUCUUUUAAGAUAGUGUAUUCAGGUUCAUAAAGUUUUGGGUACAGUAUUAUGAUGAGCAUCGAUUUCUCUUUCUCUCUUGAAGAUAGAUGAAGAAAAAGUAAAUUUUUAUCUUAUAACUGAAGUUUUACUGAGCAAUCAAUCUGAAAUAUUGGUAGAUACACUACAUAAUAAAAUACAUUAAUCAACAUUUUUUUUAAUGAAGUAAUAAUGUAAACAGUGGAACAAAAGUCUGUGAUAUAAAUUUGUACUCACUAAUGCUAAAAGUCUUUUAUGCCAUUUGUUCAUUGUCAUCACUGUUUUGCAGCUUUUCCCAUGCUUGAGUCAAACCAGAAUGGUGCCCCCCCCCACAUUCAUCACCACGAACCCAAGGUGCCAGCCCAGAAAAUACAGCAGAGACCUGGGGAUGGGCACUUAUCUGGUGACCCCGUUGCCAUUAGACAUGGCUGGAUAUCCGUCCUAACACUAACCCACAGGGUGGAAACGGCUGGCAACGCAAGGUCACAACUCCCAGAGGUAAUCCAAGCAAAUUUUAAAACAACAACAGUCAUACUAUAUCACAAUUAGUACAACAAUGGUUCUUAUACUCUUGAUACUUUAUGGACUUGUAAUACAUCUCAAGGUUCAAAUUCUUAUCGGAGUAUUAAAAUCAGUAUUGAGAAUAAGGUUUCACUUUGUACUGUUUGUAUAAGUUGUGGAUAUGAAUAGGUGAAUGUGGAGUGCUCUUGCUUACUGCAUCAGCCACUUCCUAUUACUUUUUACACCAUUUUUUAAACAUUUGCCCUUCUUAUUUCCUCCCUUUCUUCAGGCUUCUCUUUCCCCUGAUCCUCUCCACAGGUGAGAGCCAUUUUCAAACUCAAACAAUUUCAAGGAGGUUUCGUCAUAUUCGUCUUUAAUAAGUUCUUCAAUCAGAGCAAAUUAACACAGAACAGCCAUACCAUGAAACACCUCCACCUUGAGAAAGAUAGUUAUUACCAAAGGGGGAAAUACACUGUAUGUUUAGAGAUUAAUUCUAAUAUCUGUUAACCAAAAUGCAAUGAUUGAUAACUAGACACCAGACAAAUAAUUCUUACUUUCUUUAUUCGAGACAACGGGAUUACUUUUAUAUCCAUAUAUUGUACAGUAGAGCUGUAAACAGUAUACGAUGUAAGAAACAACUUGAUAUACUGUAUAUAGGUCUUUAUAUAGGGAGUUUUCUUGUCUAGUCCUCUACACUGGACAAGCAUCAGACAGAUCAAGAUUGAAAUGUAUGAUCACAGAGUUCUAAAAUACUCAUACAUUUGAAUUCAUUGGUCCACUCUCGGGAAGUACUGAGUUGUGUCAUAUAAUCAUAUAAAAUGAUCUGGACAUAGCAGGCAUUGCCCCUUUUGUUCAGAAUUAAAUAAGUAAGAAAAAGUAGUUUCUAUGUCUGCUGUUAAGGGUCUAAGUAAGAUAAAGUUCAAUUAAUACAUGAAGGAUUUAGUGUUUUAUGUUGCCCUAACAUUUUUAGAGUCUGUUUAGCUGGACAAAAAUUGUGUCAUGGAAGUUCUUCAUAGCUUUAGUCAUAUUUUGGUUAACUUUACUACAAGCGAGUACAGUACUGUACACCAUAGGAUGUAGAUAAUAAUUUAUUAGUCACAAUUUUUUCUAGCACUGUACUUGCUAGGAUGUUUUUCAUGCUGUUUCUAAAGCUAUACAUAAUAUAAAAAUUAAAGAAAAAAGUAGUAAUUGUGGCAUACUGUACUGUGAAGUGUGCAUGUAGCUGCAAUCGUGUCAGAUCUAUACCGGCAGUCCUCACUAUACAAGAGGGACCUAUUUAGCAGAAGUGGUGGGUAAUGCUAAAAUUCAUAAAGAAAAAGCAAUAUUCCAGUGUGUGCAAUGAGGACUGCCUGUACAGUAUUAUUUUUCCUCAUGAACAAUAAGAAAAAUACAUUAUCUAGAGUGCAUAACAUCAAACUUAAAAUUAGAGAACAUUUGGUUGAAGAAACAUAUCUUGGCAUUGUGUGCAAGUAUUUCAGGGUGUCCAAAACGAGUGUAGUUAUUAUGCAACAUUAGUAUACAGUAGUAUAAUUGACUUGAGCUCAUCAUUAAAGGAUGCCAUUGAUUCAGUCUGGCUACAUAGUGUUUGAGAAAUCAUACCUAGUGUGUGUAAAGUUUUACUCUCAGGAUGAGAUCACUUUGAGAGUUGUAAGUCAAGAGUAAUAUUGUUUUGUUUGAUCAGUUUAUGUAUAUUAUUUAAUAUUAUAUCUCAUAAUUUGUUAAUUUGAUAAUACAUAUGUACAGUAAGUGCCAAAUACUAAUAUAUUUAGUAUAAAUACCUUUUUGUAGUUUGGAUAAGCUUUCUAUGAAGACUAUAUAAUUUGUAUAUAGUUUGAUAUAAGACAUACUGUAAUUGAGAAUAUAAUGCACGUAACAUUUACUGUAAAUGCAUUACACAUCAAUCAGUCUAAACAAGCUGGUCUUUUCCUUAAGCAGAUGGUGCUUAUAGGACACAAGUUGUUCAGUUUGACUAUGAACAAUUUUUGAUGUGCAGGAUGAUGUGUUAUCCAGUAUAGUAAUGUAAAUAUGUUCCAUCAUGAUAAGGAGCCUGGUGAGUUAUCCUGUAAAUGUUUCAUUAUGAUAGGCAGAAGGUUGUGUUACUCUAGAGAUGUUCCACCAGGAUAGAGAGAAGGUAGAUGUUCCAUUAUGACAGGCAGGAUAUUGGGUUAUCCUGUAGAUGUUCCAUCAUGUUGUUCCUGCCCAUUUUGUAGUAUACUUUCUUCAAACUGUACUUCCAGUUGCACUAGUAGCAUUAGUUAUGGCUGUAGGGUUAUUAUAAUGCUCACUUAUAAGCCUAUUUAUAAAUGAUAAUACUCACAACUUAAUUUAUUAUUUUGUUUAGAUAUUCAUAUGAUUGUAUACAUUCUUUAUUCCUCUUUGUCUCUGUGAGCCAAUAUCUCUCCAUGUUUUACUGAGCAGUUACCAGUCACUUGUACGCUAAUAAUCAUUUUUGACUUAUACUAUUGUAUUGUACUAUUAAUUAACCUGUACUCACAGAGGAAGCUUUGGUAUAUUGGCAGUAUGUUUGCUUGUCCUGUGAUUAUUUUCCCAUGACUGAAUAUAUAUAAGGAUAAUGACAGAAUAGUGUUAGGAGAGUAGGAGGUUGUGUUUGUAAUUGCUUUUCAUCAGAUCUUUAUGGAGUUUUAUAAACAUGUAUGUUUAUGAAAUGUGGCUGGCUCCUGCCUAUUACAUGGUGUUCAUACUAAAAAAAAGAAACAAGAACUAUUAACAUACCAUUAUCUCUCAAGGCACACUUACUGUCAUGCAUUGUUAACAUUUACAAUAGAUGUAUCUCAGUAUGUUCCUCUUGCAUAAUAUAAAUCAUAUACUGGUAAUUGUAAUAACAAAUCUUAAAAGACACUUAACAUUUCACUGUUGCUUUUUUGUGGUACAGAUGAAAUAAAGCUAUACAGUAUGCACAUAAUUGUAAGUUUGCACAGGUACAGUACUUGGGUUACUAAAUGCUUCUGACCAUUGUACCUUAAUCACAAUCAUGUUUUGGACUAGAGCCAGUAAAUCACAUUCAUACUUGGAUACUGUACGCCAAUACCUCAAUUAUCCAGGACUCGGACAACUUGAAGUCUCGGUGAUCCACAUCCCGGAUAACUUAAAUCUGCACUAUGCACGACAUCAUUUUCUGGCACUUGUGUGUAAUGAUCACUUUAGUUUAUGCUUUUCAGUUGCCUUAAGUUAGCAUAAUUAACCCAUUUUUAUCAGAAUCUGAUGUUGGGGGUAUUUGCAGUAAGGAGUAUUUUUUGCUUCUUCUAUUAAUGUCUAAUGAUCAUUAUGGCAUGUAUAUACUCUAUUGCCAAAGCUGUCGUAGAUUAUGUUGAAAAUUAAAUAAUUGUCUUUGAGCUUAGGUAUACCGGUAAUGUCAUGUAACAGCUCCUCUUGUUAGUGAGACAAUGCUUUGGCUUUGUUAUUUCUUUAUUAUUGCUUCUUGAGAGUAACCUUGGUUGUGAUUGGUGGAAUUGGUGACUUAGCAGCAUAAUAAUCUUUAUUACUGAUAGAGUUUUAAGGCUAUUGCCUGGAGUUUUAAUCACCCUUUUCCAUUGACGGGGUCAUCGUGUUUACAACCAGAGUUUAAAAAAAUUGGAGUCAUGAAGGACCGCACUACAGCACUCAACAGGGAAGUAUGGCAGUAAAAUCAACUUAUAAUAUUGAAAGUAGUUCAUUUUAUGCCACACCUCCUUGUCAAGCACUGAAGUGUGGUGUCUUUAUUGACUCAAAUUUUGUAAAACUCUGGUUGUAAACAGGAUGACCCAUGUCAACGGAAGACGGUGAUUAAAAUUCCAGGUGUAUGACAUCAACAACACAUUACGUAGUUAGUUUUGUGUGCAAAGAAAUUUAUUGAAUUGUAUAAGCCUGUUCUAUACUCAGAUGAUCACCAAAGUAAACCAAUGCCUCAGCAUCCAUAAUUGAACAUUAGCACAAAUUUUAAAAAAAUUUGCACAUGUGUAGAACAUAUGUAGUAAUUUUACUUAAUGUAGAUUUUGGAGCUCAGAUGUUUGAUUAUUCCUUGGACUUAAUGAUAUAAAAAUGGUAUGUACUGUAUGACCAAUUUUGUCAUAAAAUCAGAAAUGGUGACAGAGGCUACCAAGGAUAGUUUUAUAAAUAAUCAGCUUCAAAUGCCACAUUCCUUCCUUAAGUCUCUGUCACCAAAGAGAAAACUCUUGUAUAUUAGUAUGUAAUGCAAGCCAGUAAUUACAGUUUGUGUUGGCUGUUGUUACCACGGAAUCUAGUGUCUGGCACGCUUAACCAUAUUUCUUAGGAAUAGCUUUUGUGCAGUCAUUUUAAAACUCCAGAUUAGUUGUAAGCUAUUCCUAUAAUCAAUGAAUGUAAGUAAGAACUAGAACAGACUUAUAGUUCCAAUACUUUUUAUCUUCUCAAUGUCCCAUGCAUAUAUUUGUUUGGUUGUUUAAAUAUAUCAAUGGCUGCUUUUAAUUCAUCAGCUAUUUAGAGAAGGUUGUGCAAGUUGUUCACAGGACCUGAGGUUAGCUUCACUGUGAACUGUAAAAGGAUCUUAAGAUGUGCAUGACUAGACAAAACAACAAAGUAACAACAGAAUAUAAUUGAUCUACCAUGUUAUGAAAGUCCCAUACUGUAACAAGAAGGAUAUCACAUAAAACUGGCCUAAUGCACCAGGACCGUGGUCUCUUGCUGCAUCAUAUAUCUAAAUUAAUUUAUCCUUGACUGUCUAGAUACACAGAGGACACUGAUCCUUUAAUUUAACUUUAAAAAAAAUUAUAAAAAGGAUUCUGGAAAUUCAUAAACAAGCAGAAUUUAUCACCACUCAUCAUCAAAAUGGAGAUACAGUACAUUCAUAGUACAGUAUUUUAAAAAAUUUUUGGUUUUGUAUCCAUAUUUACAGUAUAAAACCUUCAAAAUAUUUUAUAAUAGGUAAAAAUAGAUAGGCAAUCAUGUCUUGUCUGCACUGUAGGUAUAUUUUUACAUAUUAUUGUAUACAGUAUCUAUAUAUAUUUUGACCAGAAUUUAUUUUAUCUAUUACUAAGCCAUGUACAAUCACUCAAAAAACUAUUUAUACAAAAUUGUGCUGAAAAAGUACUAUAACACGUUGGAUGAAGGAGUCGCAGUGUUCUUUCUGAAAUUCAUCGCCCCCACCCCAAGUAGAGAUAGUUUUUUGAGUGAGUGUACUGUACAUCAUUGGUUAUGAACAAUUUUCCUGGUUCAAAUAACCAGUCAGUGUGUCUGAGCCAUUAUGUAGUGUUCAUUGGAAAUUAAUGAAACCAAAUCAAUAUACUGUAGUGUACAGUACAUUGCAGAUAUAUAUCACAUACAGUAUAUCAUUGACACUAUUUAUCAUAUUGAAAGAACAGGUUAUCCACUUUGCUAGCAAUAAGUAUUCAUGUGCAGUACUACCAUACUGUAUAAUUUAAACGAAAGAUAUUCUCUAGGAUGGGUCUUCAUUUUCAUCUCCAUCAACCAUGUUACUUACUGUGUGCAACAUGACUCAAGGUAAUAGAACUUUACAGAUACUUGUAUUUGUGUGUCUGUUGUUUUACUUUAAAACUACAGUAUAGCCUACAUGGAAUCUACAUUUAACACUUCAUAUGUUUGUAUAACUGCAAAGCCAGUACAGUACGGUAUUCAUAUUUACCUUGAAUUACAUUUUCAUAAAUUUGCUCACCUAACUUUUAUGCCAGACACCUACUUUACCAGAAAACACAGUAGUUGACUCAUACAUUAGAUGUCUAACAGCAAACACUAAGUUUUCACAAACCUGCUUUUUAGUAUGAGUUAUUAUUAUACUGUAGUGGAAUACAAUAGAAAAACAGUUCAUUGUGUUCCUAAAACACAUACAGUCCUAAAAGAAUUUUAUUUGAUGACAAUUAUAAAAUAUACAACAUUAAUACUUAUUUCUGUAAUGUCUAAACUUUAUUGGCUGCAAGAAGAAUCCGCUGGGCAACGCCAGAUACCUUUUUGAGUGCACUAGCUCAUUUGUAAAUACAGUACUACGUACAUGUAUUACUGUUGUCACAUCACUAUGUGUGUGUUAGUGUGUAGUAUAACUUUAAAAUAUAAUAAUUUCCUGCCAGUCAGUAUUAUCUUGAAUGCUCCUCCAUUGUCUUCCAGGUAUGCCCUCAUUAAUCAUAUCUACAGUACGGUAGUUUCAGAUCUCAGACAUACAGUAUUUCAGGAAUCUAUCCCAGGGUUCACUUCUGGCUCCUUUCAUCCUCUACUACCUUUCUUAUCUUCAGCAUUUACAGCCCAUUCUAUUUUAUAAACAUAGCAGUUGUAUCCAUCUCCCUAUUCCAAACAUUUGGCUUCUAUAUACAGUAGUCAUUGUAAUGUAGUACUGUACUUAAAUUGAUGAAGUUCCCCAAUAGUGCCAUGGUAAUAAUAUCUUCACAUCUCAUAGUACAGUCAAAUGAAAACACAAAAGUCCCAAGCUUUUGUCUUUACUCCAUGACCAGUGGUGCAGUAGUAUAGUAUCACUGAAGAGGUCAUGGAGCAAACAUUUUCCAGUGAGUUACUCAUGUUGGCAUUGUAUUGUAAUUACAAUUAUGAUACAUAGUCAGGACAUGUUAAGACAUUUUUUUGUAUUUUUUUCUGCAGUCACCUGAGGUCUUUUUUCUAAGACCUGGCUGACUUGAGACUUCCUUGUUUCUUACAGGCAUUAUCAGAAGCAUUAGGAGUACAGGCAUAUGCUUUUUUAUUCAUAAUUAUUAUCAAUUUAACUAUGUCAUCAAUUAAUUAGAACUAAGUUGUGGGUGUUUACAUCAUUCAUUAUUGUAGUACUGUAUUGUAUUGUUAUCCUCAGUAUUACUUAUUAAUGUACAGUACCGUCUCUGAUGUUUCCCUUGUUACUAUUACCUACUAUCAUAAUAUAUUUUAGCAAGUUACAGUGUGUCACUUAAUGGUUUUGGAAAAUAACUUUUCUAAUUGUUAAUGUUUCAUUUUCUCUCUUUGCCUGCAUGUUUCAUUGUAAACUAAUUUUUUUUAUGACUAGUACUACAGUACAGUAACCAGAAAGCAGCAACAUAGACCGUCAACCGUAGACAUCAAAUGAGUCUUUGCAUUUUGUAUAUUUGGCACUUUUGAUUACAGUACCUAUAGUCUUGAGUCAUUAUCAGCAAGAAAUAGAAAUGUUUGGCAAUACAGUGCUGAAGAUUUAACAAAUACCCAGUACACAUUAUUAAGAGUUUUCAUAAGAAACUUGACAGUUAAUACCAAUGCUACAUUACCCUUAUAGAAUAAUAUACAAUAGUUUAUGAUAAGUUACAGUAAAACUCCCUAGUAGAUUUUUUCAUACAGUUUUGUAAUAUGGCAUUGUAACUCCCUAGUCAUAAUGUAUCAUUUAAUAUACCUUAAUUUCCAUUUCUUCUAACCAUUUUAUUUCUGAGUUAUUUUUCUCAUGUAUUAAUACUCCCCCGGCUAAUGCUAGUUAAGUGGAUAACCUGCAGGAUAUCACGUUUACUCACUCACUUCACAACACAAUAGUUUUGAUGUCUCACACUGGGCUGUUUAGGGACAUUAUUUACCAUUAUUCAUAAUACCAUGUGAUUGUUUCUGAAAGGUUGGAUACUCACAUUUACAGGAAAUUUAUUCUUUGUUCCUGUUCUUUAUUUAUUUUAUUCUUUCCAGGGUCAUCAUUAUGGUAAUGUAUUUUAAUUGUUAUGUGUGUGUAAAAAUAUACGUUUUCAUUUGUUA